UGUUUAAGUUGAAGCCGGUCGGUUUCUUGGGCACGGCAAAGACAUUGUCGAGAGCGUCGAAGAAAGUGGCAUUGGACAGUUUGCUGAGUAAGCGAGUCUAGACUUGAACCUUCAUUCAGCUGAGUGUCAACUUCAACACAACUUCAUCUCUCCGUUCAUAGGGGUAAUCAUGCAACGCCUGAUGUGAAUAUGAAAGAAGAGCACUAUUGAAAUUCCAGCCCAGUAUGGCGGAAGUCCUCGCAGCAAUCGGGAUCGUCGCCUCAGUUGCCCAGCUAGCAGAGUAUGGCUUCAAGCUCUCCCUAAAGCUGUACACUUUCAGCAGCAGUGUCUCGUCCGCCUCAACCUCCAUCAAAGCCCUAUCAUCGGACGUCUCCCUUACAUCUACAGUCCUACAAGAGCUCUGCCUCAUCAUCAAAUCCGAUGAAGAUAGUCACGUGGUGUCAGAUACGGCUUUCCAAGCAACGAGCCAAACAGUGAAAGACUGCCUCGCAGUGUUCAAGCAAUUAGAUGAGGCGCUUGAUAAGAGCAUGAAGGGAAUGGAGGAGAGGGGUGGUAAGAGAGUUGUGGAGAAAUUGAAGUGGCCGUUCAAGCAGCCGAAAAUGGAUUUGUUGCGAAGCAAUCUGGACAGGCUGAAGACGAGUUUGACGCUGAUGUUGCAGGUGCUGAGUUAUGCUAGGGAUGUGACCAAUCGCAAAGCUGCGCAAUCAUCCCUUAUCUACCAAAAACAUGUGAUCGAAAACCUUGCUCGCUCUGAACGAGACAUGAAUCGAAGAUACAUCAACAUGCAACGAGCACUUGAGUUCGAGGCCAUCGACCGCGACUUUUAUUCUACAAUGAAUUCUUCUGUUCAUGUUUCCACGUCGAGGGAGAUUCGGGCUGACAGUGCCUUCAUGGCAAAGCCCACAUCUAUUAAGCGGUCAGUUCCAAUUGAAGCAGAAGCCAAGUCGCCUUUGGCGGAGAUAAUCGACAAUCCACCUGCAGUGAAACCUCGAACGCUCGUCGGAGAACUCCUCCUCUGUUUCCAGCUGCUAAAUGAUAUUCUGGGAUAUCACAUGGCAGUGUCCAAGCUCAGUGAUCUUUCCGCUUCGGGAUAUGAUGACCUUCGUGGAGCACUGUGUAGAGUUCACGAUAAAGAACUCAAGAAAAUGGAAGCGCAGCAUGCGGAUGCUCCGAUUUAUGUGAGAGCUGAAGCAGCCAAAAAUUUACAAACUCGGUUGAGAGAGUUGGUCAGAGCGGGACUUUUAGCGAAAAGAGAGACGGAUUUGAAAGAGGAUUUGGGAACAGCACCUGAGAAAGUCUUGGGGUCUAAACCUGUGGAAACUAUCCCAGCCGAGAAGCAUCCAGUGACGAAUGACUCCUCAAACCCAGCAGAAUCAUUUGAAUCUGAAUUCGGCGGCCCAAUGAUGCUUCAGCCGAGCCCCGCCACCAGCAAUUCGCGAACAGAAGCAUUACAGGCACAAAUCGAUAGUACUGUUGGCAUCAUGCGAGAAAGCAUCAACAACGUGUCUCAACGUGGGGAUCGACUUGGUUGGGAGGAGUAUGGCUCUGACAACCUAGCUAGCUCACGCCAAGGAUAUCGAAUAGGUGCGAACAGAGUGCGCAAGGCACAGUGGCGUGUGUAAGUCCUUUUCUUGUCCUCUCAGCUCCACAAUAAUUGGGAACGUACUGUGACAAAGUGUAUUGUAUCCGGAAUGCUAAUGUGAUUUCCCAAACACAGGAGUCCGCUAUCAGCCAUUGCCU